AUGGAGGGCACCAGUUCGGAUAAUCUUCUGAACAAAUUUUUCAAGUCUGAUAUGAUCAAGUUGGAUCGGUUUGAUAGCACCAAUUUCACCCGCUGGAAAGACAAGUUGCUGUUUCUUCUCAUGGAAUUGGGCGUUGCAUAUCUGUUGGCUGAUAAUCUGCCAAAAAUCCCUGAACCAUCUGAUGGCGAGUCUGAUGAGAUCAAGGCAAGUCACAAGAAACGUGAGGAAGACGAAGUUCGCUGUAGGGGCUUCAUCUUAAACGCCUUGUCAGACCGCUUAUAUGAUCUGUUUCGUUCACUUAAAUCACCGCAGGAAAUUUGGAAGGCUUUGGAGAACAAAUACAUGUCUGAGAAACAAGGUACGGACAGAUUUUUUACUAUGAAAUUCUUUGAGUUUCAAAUGUUAGAUAACAAGUCUGUGAUGAAUCAAGUGGAUGAAUUACUUCUGUUAGUGUCUAGACUAAAGGAUUUAAGUAUUGAAGUGUCGGAUCAACUUCAAGUGGGUGCUGUGAUUGCAAAAUUACCAUCCACUUGGAAUGAUUAUUGGAAGAAACUACUGCACACUCCUGAAACUUUCACCAUAGACCAACUUACAAAGCAUAUCUAA